AUGAUAAAUGUUAGUAGUUUUGCCGAUGCUCAAAAAAGUCAUAAUAUUAUAUAUCCAAAAUUUAGCGGAUCAAUAAAUUUUAGUGAGGAGUGUAUUCCAUUUGUCAAAUUAUUGGAUGGAAAAGAAUCUUCUGAAGUUUUAGAGAAAAGAUGGCAAUUAUAUCACCAACUACACUCUACCUUUCAUUCACAAGUUGAUAAUAUUUUAGCUAAUAUUGAAACAGAUUUGAAAAAUGACAUCUCCAGAAUUUUAUUAAAUAAUAAUAAUAACACAAGUAUUCACAAAAAACCAUGUUUUAAUACCCUGUUUCUAAUAGGAUCCGACAGCACUACUGAUCUGGAUUAUCCUAACAUUGUCACUGGUACAGAAGUAAAUACUGUUAUUGAUUUAACUCCCAAAGAAUCACCUAACGUAAGAAUGAUGUUGCGGAGAUCUAUGUUCAAAUUAUUUUCCCAUACAGAAGAAAUUCUUCAUAAACAUAACAUUAAUGACAAUAGAGAUGAAUUGGGUUAUGAAAAUAAUGAUGAUAACGAUCAUUCCAAAGAUAACGAUACAAAUAAUAUAGAUGAUCGGCCCUCUACAGCAACCUCCUAUGAUUUAACUUUAGUGGAAAACUUCAAAAUAUUAUUUAAAAGAGAUCUAAAUAUAGUAUUCAACUUCAAAGAUGUAGAUUCAUUUAACUUUAAUAUAUUGAACGAUUUUAUAAUCUUAUUAAAGAGUGCCUUAAAAUAUGAACAUGUCAGAAUUAGUUUGGUUUUCCAUAUAAACACAAAUCUUUCUAACAUUGAACAAAAUUUGAACCAAUCUAUUUUAAGAAUAUUGAAAAGAAAAUACCAUAAAUUAGACGUUUCUAGCAAUAAGGGUUUUAAAUACGGUAACCGUAUCUUUCAAAGUUUUUUAGAUACUGUUGAUGGUAAACUGAACUUAUCUGAAAAGUUUGUAAAAUUUGUAUUAGAUAAGAUGGCAAACAAUACUAACCAUAAUUUAAAAUUACUUACUAGAAUAUUAGAUUUUUCUUUAAUGGCAUAUUUUUAUCAAAAUCCAUUUUCUGUUUUCAUUGAUCCUGUCAAUAUUUCUUUUUUACAAGAGGAUUAUUUAAAUUUACUUACACAUUGUCCCACUUUUAUGUUUUUCAUUGAUGAAUUAGCCAAAGAAGAAGGUACCACGGACGACAUUAUUGGAUUAUUGACAAAUAAUAAUGGUACAUUAGAAGAUUUUUUCAUUGAAUUUUUAGUUAGGGACAAUCCCAUAAACAGACAUGCAAAACUCGUUGCAAAUAUAUUAGAGGAGACAUUGAAUGUUAUGGAUUUUAAUUUUAUUGAACUAUAUUAUAACCUACUUAAGGGUAACCUUGAUAAAUAUUUAGAACGCUGGCCUGAAUGUCAACCAUAUAAGGAAAAAUUAUCCUUUGAACCUAUUGAUACUAUGUUUCAAGAAUUGUUUACUUUAGAUAAUAACACUGGAUUAUUAACACAAUCAUUAUUUCCAUCUUAUAAGGCAAAUAUAGAAGACGAUUUAUUGAGUUGGGAAAGGGUAUUACCAAUAGUCUCUAUUCUUCAAGAAACAACAGCUGAAGAAAUUGAAAGCUUAAAAAUAUUAAAUAAUUCCAUGGCCCCUAUAGUUUCUCAAAUGUUCAAAUUGUACAGAGAAGCUAACUCAAUGAUUAAUCUUUAUGACUUUUAUGUUGCUUUAAGAGAAUCAUUACCUGAGGAAUGUAUUAUGAAUUUUUUGAUUGAGCAAUCUCAAUAUGAUAAAAAUUUGAAAAAAUUUUUAACAUCAAGUGAUAAAGCUUUUGAAAAGACUGUGCUGAUAUUUUUCAUGCAAGGACUAUCUGAUUUGAAUCAUCUUGGUUUGUUCAGACAAACUACUAAUAAAAAGACUGAGGUUGUUGAAAAAUGUGUUUGGAGGGGUAUUUAG